ACACGCGCAAUUUCUCGAGCUUUACCCACUCCCGUGCAGUAAAUGUAGUCGCGCCACUAUUCACACACAACGUCCAUAACUCAGUUGACACACAUUGACACAUUGAACCACUUCAACCACUCACAAGCACGCUGGGCGCCGCCUGGGCCAACAACCGGUCGUGAAAUUCUGGCAUUGCAGCAUAGAGAACUUCCAUCGUCCGUAGAUUGAUAAAAUGUGCUUGCGGAUGCGAUGUGGGGCUGCGCUGACGCUCCACAACGCGGGUGGGCACGUUGUAGAGCUUCUCGAGCAUGAAGGCGGUAGCCAGACCCACAGGACCGCCACCCACCACUAGCACGCGCGGCUGCUGCGCUCGCAACAACUGAGACUUCACCGUCAUACUUCAGCGUAAGCCAAGCGAGAGGUGGGGGAAUGCAGCAGCAGCCAGACACCGCGCAAUGCUGCAGGUGCAAUUGAUAUGCGCCGUCACAUGAAACUUGCAGCUCAAAUAGAGGCCUAUCGAGUGGACCACUUCAAUUGAAUCCAAUUAUCCAAUUAUAUACGAAGAUACAUAUCCGGACAGAGUGAUUGUCACUUCAACCAUGGACCGCGAAGAGUUCCGCGCGCUGUCCCUAGUAGAUGGAGCCUCCGAGCGGCUGACAAAAGUGACAAGGGCAUUCGAAAGCCGCUUCGGACAACCGCCACUUGGUGUCGCGCGCGCUCCUGGUCGUGUGAACCUCAUCGGAGAGCAUGUCGACUACGAAGGCUACGCAGUGUUGCCCAUGGCAAUCGAGCAGAGUGUCUACGUGGCUUUUAGUGUGGUAAAAGGAAGCAACGUAGGAGAGGUGGCCCUAAAUGUGGCAAAUGCAAAACCACAGCAUAAAUCAGUGAUAUUGUCAUUGGAUGAGCAAGAACAGAAAAACAAGCAAAAGCUCGAGCUGGAGGGUGCGAUGUGGGCUUCUUACGUGUUGUGUGGAGUACUGGGGCUUCGAGACGAUCGACCAGAGGCAUUUCAAAGCAAAGAAAUGGAGCUACAGAUGUUGGUUGAUGGAGACAUCCCUGCGGGCUGUGGCUUAUCCAGCUCCAGUGCGUUGGUUGUUGCCUCAGCCUUAGCCACAAGUAGUGCACUGCAGUUAUCAAUAACACGACCGGAGCUGGCAGAGCUAUGUAGACGAGCAGAGCAUCGUGUAGGAACCAUGGGAGGCGGGAUGGACCAGGCGGUGGCGUGCUUGGCACAGCGUGGAGUGGCGCUGCAUCUAGAUUUCUCAAGUGUUCCAGCGAGAAGUAUGCCAGUCAACGUUCCGGAUGCUACUGCUGGAGUGACGUUCGUCGUUGCCAAUAGCUUGGUGGUGGCGGAGAAGGCCGUCGAUGCUGUAACUCGAUUCAAUAAGCGUGUCGUGGAAUGCGCUCUCGCUGCAAAAAUGAUAGCCAAAAAAGCAGGAAUCGAAGACUGGAGAAAGAUUACACGACUUGUGGACGUUCAGAAGGGAUUGGAAGGUUCUCGAGACGGGAUUUCGUUUCGCGAGUUAGAAAAACUGGCGUCAACUUCCUGUCCUUUGAAGGAAUAUUCAAUGGCUGAGAUCGAGACCGACCUUGGUGAACCGAUUAUAGAGCUCUUCAGGGGAUCCUCACUGGAAGCAGCCGCGAUAACAGUGAUUGCUUCCGCUUCGUCAUUCAAGUUGCAACAACGAGCUCUUCAUGUGUGGGGCGAGGCUGAACGAGUGGAGCAAUUUCAAACACUGUGUACUUCACUGGCGAAAGAAGUUCAGCGUUCAUCGGAUCAUGUUGCUGUGCAAAAGCAAUUACAAAGUCUUGGAGAUGUCAUGAGUGCGAGUCAUCACGGUUGCAAGGCACUAUACGAGUGUAGCUGUCCGGAACUGGACGCUCUGGUCGAUGCUGCUAUGUCCGCUGGUGCUUUGGGAGCACGGCUUAUAGGUGCAGGGUGGGGAGGCUGUAUCGUCGCGCUGGUGCGAGAGGCCAAAGUGACCACCUUCAUGGAAUCAAUUCGGUCGAGCUACUACAAUGAACGAGGAAUAUCGUCGUCUGACGCCGCGAACGCAAUGUUUGAAUCCGCUCCUGCAUCUGGAGCAGACAUUUACGUGGUGAUGUCGAAUUAAUUUGAUGUCUCUCGCAUCACGGAGUCAGUAACGAGCGAAGUUUUUCCAGGUACACAUCCUUUGCUUGCAGCUCGACGUCUAUCAGCGCAAGCUAGUAAAGAAAGCAGCAUCAACGUUAGCUCGUCGCCGUAAUAAUACUCUGGACGAACAAAAAUACCUCGGCUUUCCGCUGUGCUUUCUCAGCCGGUGUCAUCGAAAACUGAAGAAUCGUGAAGUCUCGUUUCAUGUCGAACAAAGACUUUCGUCGCUCCGCUAUCUCUUGCUCGUACUGCUCAACCUCUUUUCGCAUCUGCAACAGCAUCCAGAUUUAUUAGCAAAAUGAACCUGUAUCCUACACAGCUGAAGCAUUUUACCUCAACAUUGGCAGCAAAGCGGUCGAGUUCUAAAAUGACCCUGAAGUAUGUAUCACUCCUCUGCGACGAGCCAACAAAUAGCAUUACUAAGAACAGCAAAAACAACACGCAGCAAAGAGAAAUAUCUUACAUGUAUCUUCUCGAAGGCCUUUUUGACAG